UAUUAUUGUUUGAAAAUUGUGUAAAGAUCACUUCUGCGUAAAUAUUAUGAUUAUUGUUUGAAAUUUUUUUUAAACUAAAUUUGAUACAAAAUAAAUUGUUAUUUUUUUAGGAGUUCAAUGUCUUUAUUAGAAUACAGUGACCAAUGCAGUAAAUGACCGUAUUGGUCAUUGACCGAUGUGUGUAACUUUAAAUAAAUUAUUUGAAUUGUGUGAACAGCAGGGAAUAAUUCAUAAAUUUUGUUAUUCUUUUUAUAUAAAGUUUAUAUAAAAUACACCAGAACGCAUUGUUUGAGUUGUUUACUUUAUAAAUUAUUACGAUCACAGAGAGUGCCGUUAAAAUAUUUUACCAGAACUGUUUUAGUAUGAGGAAACAAAGUGCUUGUAAAAAAAUUUCAUUUUCAAAUUUGGUUUACAUAAGAGAUUUCUUGAAGUAAAAAGAUACAAUUAAACUACAUAAAAUCUUACAUAAACUCAUUAACAUGGCAUUUGGAAAGAAAGCAAAUAUGAAAGGGUUACGUGUUCAGACUGAGAGACGGGACUCCCGGAGUUAUUUGUUGACUCCCGGACUGUCGAAAAGUCCGCCCCAUUUUGCUGUUUCUCCUUCCUACUCGUAUGCCGGAAACUGUAGUAGUUUGAAUAACUUUGGCAAUUCUAACAGAAAUAAUUAUGUUGGAAUGAAUCAUUCUUGGCAGACCAGUAGCUUUGGCAGCCUUGCCCCUUUGCUGCCAUCUAGAGAGCCCAGAGGGUGCCAGAGUAGCACCCCAGUGAAACUUUUCCAUGGUGUAGGUGACCUUGAAAAUAUUCACAUUGAUGGAAUGAAUCAGAACAAAAAUUACGAUUAUGCGGAUUACGGUCACCAAUAUGAAGAAUUACCAAAUAGAAAAAGUAUCGCUAAAUGUCCCAUGGACAAUGGAAUGGACUCGCGCUCAGAAUUCUAUCAGUCAUCAGGGGGAGCCACUGAUAUUGCCUCGGAAACAGACGACACUGCCAACAUCGUUAAUCAUCGUAGCGAUAAAAGGAAGCGUGUAAACCCCUUGUACGAUCAGAUGACCCAGUCCAUGCCAAGUAUCUACAACAAGACCAAGUCCAGUAACGACGGGGAACUGAGGAAGCAGGUCCGGUGUCUCAAGUGCGCCAUUAUUGUACUAUUUGUGCUCCUGUGUGCGGCCAUUGCUGUCAGCGUAUUUGCUGUUAUUACUUAUAAUCAAAGUAAACAUGAUCCAGAUCCUCUCCUAACACCCAAAGUACAGAAACUUACAAGUGAUUACACAAGAUUAGAAAAUUUGCUGAGUUCAUUUGACGAUGGUAAUGACACUAUGAAGAUACUGUCCGACCUCAUAGACAAAGUGAAAACUGUUGAAAGUUACUCAAAAACACAAAUAGAAGCUCUCAAUACCCAAUUAGCUUCAACACAACAUGGUGUCCUCGUAAACUUGCAAAAUAUUGAAGAUUUGAACACGAAUGUUACUGAUAAUAUCGCAUCACUCAAUAUGACGUUACAGUUACAACUUCAUAAUAUAUCGAAACAGGAAGGUCCUCAGGGACCACAGGGUGUAGCCAAUUUUUCCCAAUGUUCCUAUUAUAACCAUUCGAGCGAAGCUGUUGCAUCAGAUCGGUUCCCGUCAUACAGUAUCUGGCUACCUACAGAAGUAGAUCUUGACACAAACAUUGGAUUGUUCGCAUUUUGCUCAAUUGAAGGUGGUGAGGAAGAUCUUUUAGAAAUACACGCCAUUUCUCCUCAAAAAGUACAAUACAGGUGUCGCUGUACAGGUUAUAUUGGAGAAAGCAGACGGACAUGUACUGUGCAUGUUUUAAGAUGCCCUAGAUACAGUUAGCGUGUCAAGUGUCAGGAAUAUGCGAUACAUAUGUGUAAAUGAGACUAGUUCUAAGCAUAAUAUGAUAAAAAGUGCCACAUAAAUGUUCAAAUGUUUCGAGGGGUUUUCUUUGCAUUGGUGUUAAAGAAGUAUAUUUCAGGAACAAGGUGGCAUAUAGCAGAUAACAUUUUGGAUGUCAGAACUUUAGUUUUCUGUACAUGUACAUAGAAAGCGAUGUGAUAAAAACUUUCUUUACUUGCAAGUUUGUUUUCUAAAGGGAGAUAGAUACUGAUAAAAAAAAUUAUCAAGAAGAACUGAAGAUAUAGACUAGCUCUUCAUAUUUGAGUUAAUAAAGUACUUCUUAAGAGUAGCUCUUCAGUAUGGAAAACAUAAAAAAGAGUUCUUCAAAAAGAAGUUAGAAAAAAAUGUGAUUUUCUGCUAACAGGGUACCCAAUAAUGACACUUUUCAUUCCUAAAUUUAUUUAAGUGUGGAAAUUGAAAGAAAAAUGGGGUAAUAAAAUUGGCAUUUGAGAUUAUGAACAAAAAAAAGUGUGCUAUUUAGAGUGUUUUGUUUCUAUAAAUAGGCCUAGGGCAUUCUUGUAGUAAAAGUCAAGAUGAUAGAGCAUUUAGAGAUAUUGUGAUUCUACUAUUUCAGGCAUACUCUCAAUUAUUAUUCUUGCCUUAAUGGAUAUAUGAGCCGUGUCAUGACAAAACCAACAUAGUGGGUUUGCGACCAGCAUGGAUCCAGACCAGUCUGCGCAUCCGCGCAGUCUGAUCAGGAUCCAUGCUGUUCGCUUACAGACCCUAUAACAAGUAAAGAAACUGAUAGCGAACAGCAUGGAUCCUGAUCAGACUGCGCGGAUGCGCAGACUGGUCUGGAUCCAUGCUGGUCGCAAACCCACUAUGUUGGUUUUGUCAUGACGCGGCUCAUAUUUACAUUUUUCCCAUCUGCACAGGUGAUAAUUCACGGGUCCAAUUUUAUUUUGAAACUAUUAAUGCUAAAGAGAAGGCAUUGUACUGAUAACACUGUACAGUAACUGCAAAGUUGGUAAAAAUAACUACAUAUAUAUUUUCUAUAUAGUACAGAUGUUAUCCAGAACUAAGCAAAUGUGUUUUUUUCCCAUCUAAUCAGGGGUUACAAACUUCUGCAGAAUGUGUUUUUUCCCCAUCUAAUAUGAGGUUACAAACAAACUUUUACAGAAUGUGUUUUUUUCCCAUCUCUAACAAACAAACUUGUACAGUUACAACUUGGUAAAAAUGUAAAAAAUAUGCACAGCAUGUUUAUCACUCUAUUCUGAAGUCUAGUGCACCGUAAAGCUGCAGAGAUAAAUGUUUUUUGUACCCUCGGAUAAGAUUGGGAAAAACCCAAAUAUUUGUGAUUCUGGAAUAACUCUAUUUGAUAUAUCUGUAAAGAUUAACUAAUAAGCAGUAUGAAUGAUGGAGUUUAAAUGGGGAUUGACUUGUCUACAUACAUUUAUAUACAUUAUAUAAUUAUAUUCGUAUAAGUUGUACAUGAUGUUGUUACAUUUAGCAAAGCUAAAUAAUUGCCAUAUAUAUGUAUGUUUUGUUGCCGAAUCUAAUCUGUAAUUCUAAAUAACUGAUUUCAAAACUUUUUCACAUAGGCUUUUAAGUUUGAAAUCUAAAAACACUAAAAUUUCAAGACCUUUUCGUUAGAAAGAAAACUUUAUCCUGUAAGAAUUUUAAAUUAAAUUUAAUAUCAAUUGCAAUAUGUGAGGCACAUUUGGGUUAAUAUUGGCAUUUUUAAAGUUUUUUUAAAUUUCUAGAAUUUUUGAUAUUCUCUGUGAGUUGUAUUAAAAGUUGUCUUUGUACAUUUGAUAUUAGAUUAAACAGUACCUCUUCAAAGGGGCAUUAAACAUAUGAAUGUACGAACACUGUACAUUAAUUAAAUAGCAUGCAAACAAAUUAUCUAGUCGCUUUUGUGUUAGAUUGAUAUUAUUUUGAAAUUGAUACAUUACAUUACUACAACAAAUUUUUAAGCAGACGACAAGUUUUUAAUAUCAGAUUGGUUCCCAUAAUUUUCUUAAUAAUUGACUGGUUCCAAAAAUGUUAACCAUGCCAAAAACAUGUAACAUGCAUUAUUGUACUCCAGCAUAUGUCACUUAACGGGGAUUUUAUUACACAUUACCGGUAUACAUUACACAAUGAUUAUGUCAUAAGCUAUAUUAUUACACAAAAUAUAUUCGGAUUGAAUUAAAAAAAAUUGUCCAGAUGCGAAUAAUGAAAUGUUUAUUUUUUCGAACUUUACAGCAGAAGUACCUGAAUAAUGAGGAAUUUAUGAAAAUUUUAUUGAUAAUUUUUCUUUUUACAAACGGAAAAAUGUUUUACUUAUCCGGCUUUAAGUACAAAUAAUUAUAACCAUGUUUUAGUCUAUGAAAUGUUUAUAUAUAUUACUAGAUUGUUAUGAAACACUAUUUUAUUCUUAUCAUUCCAUUUUUAAACCAAGACAUUCAUCAAGAAAUUGUAUAAAUGUGUGAAAUUUUUUUUUAAAUAAUAAUCUAUUUAAAACUUGGGCAGAUAACUCUGUUUUUAUUGCCCUAGAUCAUGUAGGUGCUUAAAUGAUCUUUAUCAGUCUGAGACAUGAAAAUUCGUUAAAUAUUUUGAAUUUUCAUAAAUUUUGAUGAAUGUUCAUGUAUACAUGUAUGUUCAAUAUGUGACAUGUCAGUGUUUUAUAAUUUGUUCAUAAAUUUUGUUUUUUAUUUUAAUUUUAUAUAAAGUUUGGUCUUGUGCAAUUACAGAUGCUAUUUUUACCUA